AUGGGAGAUGUGAAGUACUAUUUAUUGAUGCAUGUGGAGAGGGACCUUGACAAGGGAGUGUUGAGGUUGCACCAGAGAAAGUAUUGUGAGGGGCUGGCUGAGAAGUAUGGGCUGCAAGAUGGAGGAAAGCCAGCCACCCCACUGCCUUUGGGGUUCACUGUGGAGCCCUGUGCUGAUGAGGAGGUGGUGGGUGAGAGUGACAGGAAACUUUUUCAUUCCAUAUUUGGGGCACUCAACUAUGCGGCUAACCACACAGGGCCUGACAUUGCCUUUGCAACAUCCAGGCUUGCCAGUGUGGUUUCACGCCCCAGUCAUGAGCAGUUGGAAGCGGCCAAGAGGUUGGUCCGCUAUGUGAGUGCAACGACAUCAGUGGGUUUGGAGUACAGUGCUGUGAGGCACAGGCUGCAGAGGGGUGCUGCUGAUUUGAGCAAGGGGGAGAUGCUCCUGACCUGCUACACAGACGCUAGCUUCAACUCGGUGAAAGCGGAUGGCACCAGCAUUGGAGGCUAUGUGUGCCUGUUCGGAGGUGGUGCAGAGGUGGUGUGGCUGAGGUGUUUGUUGGAGGAGAUUGGAGUUGGUCAGAGGGAGCCGACUGUGAUUUUCUGUGACAAUGAGUCGGCGGUGAAGCUAGCGAAGAAUGCUUGUCUUUAUGGGCUGAUCAAACAUAUCAGGCCUAAGUGGCACUGGGUGAGAAGGCUCCUGGAAAAGGAGGUGCGGCUGGAGAUUGUGAAGACCCAUCAGCAGGCGGCUGACAUUCUCACCAAGCGCGUGGCUGAAUCUGAGCAUUGGAAGGGCAUGAAGCUUGCUGGGAUGAGUGUGCAUUGA